UCCUUCCUCGCUUCCCGGCGAACAUGCGAGUGCUGGUUGGGAAUGUCGAAAAGUGGGUUCGGUUGAUCAGUUGUCUGUUGUCUGUUGUCGAAAUCCGUCAACCGCAGUGAAAAUGGCCGAAGAGGGCAGGGUCACUGCCGAGUCCGGUUCCGGGUCGCUUUUUACUAAUGUUAUUAGUGAAAUAUUCACAUCUCCGAUAAACCUUGUACUGGUUGGAAUAAUAGCGCUACUUGUUUACAAAAUAAUUAAACACAAGACGAAAGUCGAGGCGCCAAUACACGUCGAACCAGAAUUGCCGAAACUGAAACGGGACUUCACUGUCGAGCAAUUGAAACAAUACGAUGGAAACGGUCCUGACAAACGAAUUUUGAUGGCAGUCAACGGCAGUGUUUACGACGUAACGCGAGGACGCAGAUUCUACGGUCCUGGUGGACCUUAUGCAGCAUUCGCAGGCAGAGACGCCAGUCGUGGUCUUGCAACUUUUUCCGUCGUCCCAGGGACAGACGAAUACGAUGAUUUGAGUGAUUUCAAUUCCGUGGAAAUGGAUUCUGUCAGGGAGUGGGAAGAACAGUUCAAAGAAAAAUACGAAUAUGUCGGACGACUUUUGAAGCCUGGUGAAUUGCCAACGAAUUAUUCUGACGAAGAAGAAGAAGGCAGCCAACAAGAAGUUGAAUCCAAGUCCAAGGACGAUUGACCGCUCCAGCGCACGAUGUGAAUAAGAUACAUCAUCGGAAAUACUGUCCACACAUUUAAUGAUAAUCUGAAAAUUAUAAAAAUUAUGACCCGCAGAAGCAGUUACAGAUUUUUAAUCGCGUUCUGUACCAUCCUAGUUAACAAUAUGUAAGAUUAAUCUGUUUGUAAUAUUGCAACAGGAGUGCUAGAAAUACUUAAACGUUGAAAACAAGCAUUGCACAGAAAUAUGACUUAGGCACUGGUUUCUUGUAUUUUUGAAUCAAUAGUUGACGUGUAUAUUCGAAAUUUCUUUCUGAACACCGAAUCAAUGAACGUGUGAAUUUGAGAAUAUUUUGCUUUACUCAAGCGGUGCAUACGGAAUACAAGCUACUAGUAAUGAAUACCAGCAUUAUAUUGAAUUGAAACGUUGAAAAGUAAAUCUGAUUGAAACUCAUUAUUUAACAAUUUAAGCUAUAUUUAACAAGUAUGCAUUUAUAUGUAACAAGUACAGGGUGUUUUGCUAUCCAUUCGGGAUGUACGUAUAAAUAAAACUGAUAGACACUAAAGAUAUCUAAUCCACUUCUGGAUAUUGUAAUUGUGAUAUGUACAGAGGAAAAUAGGAGUUUGUCUUAUCGAGCCUAUCAAUUAUUUUUCCUAUUACCGUAACUGCUAGACACCCUGUAUAUCUGUACAUUACCAUCCGUAAUUUAUUACCGUGGAGCGUUUGUCAGUGCUUGGUAAAUGCCUCGUACCUGAAUUAUCAAUAAAUUAUAUGAAUUAAAUAAUUUUCAGUGAAAACAAAUUGUAUGGCAUAAUCGUACGUAACACACUUCUGAAUAGGGAACACAAGACCAGCUCUACUGCAGUACGUAAAAAUCUUACGAUCCAAAAACUGAAAAUUUAAUUGUUAGUAAUUGUUUGUACAAAUUUAAAUGUAUAAAAAUUCAACAAACUUAAUAUAUACUCGUUUUGCGAAUGACCAGUUGGUGAAAAGUUCAAACGUAACUGUCAACCUGGUAAAAACCUGUGUUCGAACAGUACAGUUUUUUUUUUUUUUAAUUAUGUCAAUUAGAAUUACCAUUGGAUCAAUAUAUUCUAUAAAGAUGUAUGUAAGAAUUUUUAGGAAGAAAUUCAAGUUGUACUAUUUAUACACCGACUAAUUACUUGUCAGGAAUUUUCUGAAUUCGAUUAAAAAAAUAAUUUUAUCCAAACAAGUAAAUUUCUCGUUUAUACUUUCCAGUUGUAGUAUCUUUAACUGAGUAAGGCUGAGUCUUGAUUCAAAGAAACAAGUAAAUAGAACAAAAACAAAGUCAAACCAGUCCUUGAUUGUAUAUUAUUAAUAAGAGUAAUUAUUUAAAAAAUUGAACGUUAAUUAAUAAUGUUAGAUAUUUUUGAACAAAAAAUAAUUGAAAAUCGUACUGUAAACUAUACGUAAGAAAAAUUACCUGGGGUUAGUAAAUUUCUCAUUCUGCUGUGUAGUAGAAUAUACAAGGUAUAUUUCAGCUCGCUGUGCGAAUUGGCAACUUCUUCGAUCAUUUUCACUUUCAACACUGAUUUACAUUCAUGUGAUCUGUCACAACCACAGGGGAAAAAUUGGGUAAUCGCGCUGAAUGGCCAUUCUCGAACUUCAGUAAGACAUAGCGUAACUGUAUUACAUACUUGAAAACCCUCGUACUCAGUAGAAAAUUAAUCUACCAUAUAAUAAAUUUGAUACGCAUAUCACACCAGCCAGGCCUAAACUGUUUAUAUUGUCAUACAUAGCAUUGAUUUGUUCGUUUUUGAAGACCAAUAUCGCAAACUGUUGGUUGUUGAAAAAGUAGAGUUGUCAAAUUUUAUUACAGACGAGAAGCGUUUAUCAAGAAAAAAAAAACAAACUAAUAGUUCGAUGAAUAGCGCUAAAGGUACGCAAUUGAGAAAAUUUAUGUCAAAGUUAUGUACAGAUUGAGCUACAAGAAAAGGAAUGUAUUGUAUAAUUAGUGUGAUAUUAAAAUGAUGUUUUAUAUCUGUGUUAGAUUAAAAUGAUUGCACUACUAAAUCAAUUCAUUUCGAAUUGAUAAUUAGCUUUUUUCGUAGUAUACUUUUUCAUUACGUAAUCGUAAUAAAUUUUUAAACUAAUACAGUUCUUCGAGAUUCAAUUAUUAAGAAACAAUGUGCAUUUAAUUUUGAUAACUGUAUGUAAGGCGACACUAAAACAUAACAAUUGUCAAGAACCAACAGCUUGUGCCAAAGACUGAAUUUUGGACUAACCCGAUUUUUGUGAAGUCUAGGCUUAUCAUCGAUAUUUUGCGUAAUUAAAAAUAUGUUUUAAUUUUAGUUGAGAUAGAUGAAAAGUUACAUUUAUCAAUUGCUAAGGCCACAGAUAUAACAUCUACAACUUCAUGUUUUUUUUUUUAACAUUCAGAUAGCAACUGGUUAUAAGUUUCAUCAGUUGUCAAUAACUUCAAGUUUGAAAUAUCUGAACCUUUAGUGACAUUCACAACAAAGUGAAUAACAUAUUUCUACCUCCUACUAACUCCAGUCAGUUUUCACUUAGCGUCGGUAUUCAGGUUUACAAAAACUUAGAAUUUUUACCUCAACCCAGUAAAAUUCGUUCUAGCUGCAAGUGAAAUUCGGCAAAUCUUAUCCACAGAAUUAGUAUUUGUAUCAUCGAAGAUGAUUUUUAAGCUGUAACUAAUAAGAGUGUGCAUUGUACAUAGUAUAUGGAAUGGUGAAGUUUAACGAACCAAGUAGUAAGUGGAUUAAGUUGCUUACAAGAUUUAAGUUUUGAGAUGUUGAUACAAUAUAGGGCACUUCACGUUAAUUGACUGUUUUUGUCUUCAUUUUUUCAUAAUUGUUUGCAUCUGAAGUUUUAAGUACGCAUACGCGUGAACAGCCUUAUUUCGUACCACUUUAUAAAAAAAAAAAAAAAAAAAUGAAAAUUCAUCGAUUUUCAUGUACUGUAAUGUUUGAUGAAUAAUGGAAACUUCGUGUCUAUGUCAGACAUAUUUUCAAUUUAUUGGCCUAUGUGUAGAACGGUAGUGGGUGAUUUACCAUAUAUUCCUAUAUCAGUUGAAUAUAUCAACGUUUUUUUUUUUUGUUAAUUAAAUUGUUUCUCUUAA